CAUCGCUUUCUAUCUUCGUUCCAUAUUCUCUUUUACUUAUCAUGUCGUUCCAACGUAAACGUCGGUUUCGUGGAAAUCAAUACAGCAAGCCCAAGAAGCCGGCAGUGCAGUUAUCGCGUUCAGCGGCGAAGCUGGCUGACGCGUCAUACGAGACGGCGUCGUCAUCGCACUCCGGCCUCGAGGGAUACCGCCUCGUCGACAUGAACGUGCUAGCAGAGUUUCUGGCGGCAACAGUCGUUUGCAACAAGUGCCAUGGACAGGUUACAUUGUCCGAAGACGAAGACCAGCGAAUGGGAUUGGCGUCCAAGCUCGUGGUGACGUGUCGAAAGUGUAAACACAAAGAGCAGAGCUACACGAGCAAGAAGAUCAACCGCGGUGCUAUGGACGUCAAUAGGCGCAUGGUUUUGGCUAUGAGACUGAUUGGCUGUGGACUCGAACCGCUCAAGCAUUUCUGUUGCACAAUGAACAUGCCAGGUUCCCUAACGGAAUCGUCCUACUCUGGUCACGUGACCAUACUUCGGCGUUGUGCCAAAGAAGAAGCGGAGAAGAGUAUGAAAAAGGCCGUGGACGACACCAGGCACCUCUACGAAGCAAAUUCAAACGGUACGGUUGACAUUGGGGUGUCUGGUGAUGGAACCUGGCGGAAGAGAGGCUACUCAUCUUUCCAUGGUGUAGGCACGCUGAUUUCAAUUGUUUCCGGGAAAGUGGUCGACAUAUCCGUCAAGUCUUCGUACUGCCGUGCCUGCACCAUGUGUCAGAAAAAAGAAGGCACUGCAGAAUAUGAUGAGUGGCUCUCAAAACAUGUGCCGGAAUGCCACAAGAACUAUAGCGGUUCAUCAGGUGGGAUGGAGGUGUCCAGUAUGAUCGACAUGUUCAAGAGGUCUGUGGCCAUACGGCAAGCAAGAUACGUUGAAUACCUCGGAGAUGGAGACAGCAAGGCCAUCAAAGGCAUCAAUGAUUCCGCACCAUAUGGCCCAGACCUCUUGGUAGAAAAGCUGGAGUGCAUAAACCAUGUGUCCAAAAGAAUGUAUGCUCGCCUGGAAAAAAUAAAAUCUGACAACAAAGGAAAGCAGCUGGCUGAUGGAAAGGGACUGGAUGGGAAAGGAAGACUUACUCUGGCUGUAAUGAAAGAACUGCAGAUGUGCUAUGGGAGAGCAAUAAGAGAAAACCAGGCGAGCUUAGAACAGAUGAAGAAAGCCAUCUGGGCAACAUAUUACCAUCGGUCAUCAACGGACAAUAAUCCGCAACAUCAUUAUUGCCCAGAUGGCGAGGGCACAUGGUGUAAAUACAAUAAGGAUGCCUCCUCCUACAGCCACCAUGACGCCAUCCCAGAACCGAUUGCGGCUAUCAUCAAGCCUGCAUAUGAGGAGCUCAGCAGUGAUGACCUCUUGAAUAAGUGCCUACACGGCGGCACAUCAAACGUGAAUGAGGGGUUUAAUAAUAUUUUAUGGAGGAUAGCUCCAAAGUCGGAAUUCUCUGGGCUUCCAACUUUGGAGCUAUCCUCCUAUUUAGCUGUAAUUCGGUUUAAUGAUGAGGAAGGGGGGGUUUUACGAGUUUUGAGUAGAGAGGGUGGGGAAGAUAUCGGGAGGCAUGCUAUGGUUACAGCUAAGAAAAUGGACACAAAAAGAAUCAAAAAAAGCGAAUAUCAGGAAAAACCUGAAUCAAAGAAAAGGAGGCACUACCAGAGAAGGGAGAGAAAGAAAAAACAACAGAAGGCAGUGGCAAAAGAAGGAGUAACAUAUGGGGCGGGGCAAUUUUGAUGAUUACAGCUAGUGCUAGAUAUGUAGGUUGUCAGGAAUUAUAAAAUAUUUAUAAAAUCAGAAGUUACAGAAAGUGUGUGUGUAAAAAAUUAUCUAAUUCAGUGAA